AAAACUUGAAAAUAAAAAAAAAAUUAGGAUAGGAUGAUGAAGGAGCUUCAUGAACAAGGAAAACCCAUUGAAGAUAUUGCUGAAGUUCUUAAUCGGAUCCCCAUACAUCCCAGAGUUGUCUCUGCCAUUAAGGCCGCUCACGCUCUUGGGUGGGAUUUGAGGAUUGUCAGUGAUGCAAAUCUGUUCUUCAUUGAGACAAUGUUGAAGCACCUUGGGCUGAGGGAGUACUUUUCAGAGAUCAACACAAAUCCCGGCUUUGUUGAUGAACAAGAAAGACUUCGAAUUCAACAUUUUCAUGAUUUCAACAACUCCUCACAUGGAUGCAUUCCUGGCACCUGCCUUCCUAACAUGUGCAAGUGCUUCUCGUCUUCAUCACUUUUUUGGCGACCUGUUUGUCGUUGUUUCUUGGGGACCUAACCUAGUCAUUCUUCUAAGGAUCUUUUUUUCUUUUUCAUUUUGGUUUACUUGGUAAUUCUUGUGAUGUUUGAUCUCUCCAUUAAAGUAACCAUUCAUGGGUAGU